AUGACUACUGCAAAUUUCAAGCAUAUCGACCUCGGCAGUUACCAGGGGAAGGCAUGGGCCAAAGUCGAUGGUCCGGGCAGCAACUUCCAACAGAAAGACUACAGCCGCGACGUCCAUAAUCUUCGAGGAAGAGAACAUGAAUUCACUACCGACAAUUCCGGGUUCACGGUUUACAACUAUCCCGCCAAGGAAAAGCUUUUCACCGACGAGAAGGCCGUAAGGGAAGGGUACUACCAAGACGUCGAGAACUUGCUGCGGGACAAAAUUCCUGGUAUCAAGAAGAUAGUCAUAUUUGAUCACACCAUCCGCAGACGCAAUAAAGAUGCGCCUCGUCAGCCCGUACAGCAGGUUCAUGUUGAUCAAACGCCUGGCGCAGCGGAAGCACGUGUACGACGUCAUCUGCCUGCAGAAGAGGCAGAGCAGCUUGUGAAAGGACGCUACCAGAUCAUUAACGUGUGGCGCCCGAUUGAGAACCCAGCAUCAGACAUGCCUCUGGCGGUGAUAGACUGGCGUAGCACCUCACCAGAGGAUUUCAUUGCUACAGACCUCAUGUAUCCUAAGCGCGCAGAUUCUCUAGAUUUGGAUGACCGUGGGAAGGAGGUCUUGCCCGAUCCUAACAACUACACUUCGACUGAAGGCUACGAAGUGAAAGGAGAGACCAUGGGUGUUGCGGCGAACGACAAGCACCAGUUCUACUACCAGAAAGACAUGACACCCGAGGAGGUAUUGCUGCUCAAGUGUUUUGACAGCUGGGGCGAGGGCAUGCCAAACGGAAAGAAAGGGAUUGCGGUUCGGACGCCGCACACUGCAUUCAGUGACCCAAAGACCCCAGAGGAUGCACCCGGACGGCAGAGCAUUGAGGUCAGGUGCCUUGUGUUCUACAAUUAGUGCUGUUGCAA